AAGCGCCACCAACGAGGAGAACGACGCUGGGAUGAGGAGCAGCGACCAAAUCUAGAAGACCACACGAGAAGAAACAAGGAGAUCUUACGGAACAACAAUGGAGGAAGGAGAGAAUCUAGGUGGUGGCGGUGGUGGAGGAGGAGGAGGAGGAGGGCGAGGAGAGAGGGGAGAAGAGAGCGUCAAGUUGUUUGUGGGGCAGGUACCAAAGCAUAUGUCAGAGGAGGAGCUCCUGGCGUUGUUCCAGGAGGUGGCGCUCGUCGACGAGGUCAGCAUCAUCAAAGACAAAGUUACCAAGGCCUCGCGAGGUUGCUGUUUCCUGAUCUGCCCAUCUCGGAAGGAGGCUGACAAGGCGGUCUCUGCGUGCCAUAACAAGCGGACGCUUCCUGGUGCUUCUAGCCCAAUGCAAGUAAAAUAUGCUGAUGGUGAGCUUGAAAGACUAGAACACAAGCUUUUCAUUGGAAUGCUUCCGAAGGACAUAUCUGAUACUGCUAUUUUGUCUCUGUUUUCCAAGUAUGGUACUAUUAAAGACUUACAAAUCUUGAGAGGCUCUCAACAGACCAGCAAAGCAGGUUGUGCCUUCUUGAAAUAUGAAACAAAAGAACAAGCUUUGGCAGCUCUAGAAGCCCUAAAUGGGAAGCAUAGAAUGGAGGGUUCAAGUGUUCCUCUAGUUGUUAAGUGGGCUGACACAGAGAAAGAAAGGCAAGCUCGAAGGGCACAAAAAGCUCAAUCUCAGGUUUCUGGAAUUCCCCAUGCCAAUUCACUGCAGCAACCAUCAAUAUUUGGAGCUUUACCGAUGGGGUAUAUUCCUUCAUAUAAUGGAUAUGGGUAUCAGCCAGCUGGAGCUUAUGGAGUACUGCAGUACCCUUUAACUCCAAUGCAAAAUCAAGCUGCAUUUCAUAAUAUAAUUCCACCUGUUAAUCAAGGGGAUUCGCUACAGGGAUUCAGUUCUGAUAUCUCUCCGAACAUAGCACCAAGAAAUUUUAAUACAACUCAAUCUGGCAAUUUUAUACGUUCUCCAUACCCCAGUUUGCCAGGUCUUCAGUAUCCAAUGUCAUAUCCAACAAAUAAUAGACAUAUGGGCAGUUCCCAUGUCUCAGGUCAGCCUGUCAUUAUGAAGACUAAUCCAGCAACAUCUCCAAGCCCCUCCACAACUUCUGGUGGUCAAAUAGAAGGCCCUCCUGGAGCUAAUUUGUUUAUCUAUCAUAUUCCACAAGAAUAUGGUGAUCAAGAGCUAUCAAGUGCCUUUCAGGGAUUUGGAAGAGUUCUAAGUGCUAAAGUUUUUGUAGACAAAGCAACUGGUGUUAGUAAAUGCUUUGGUUUUGUAAGUUAUGAUUCACCCGCUGCUGCCCAGACCGCCAUCAAGAUGAUGAAUGGCUUUCAAUUAGGUGGUAAGAAGUUGAAAGUACAACUUAAGAAAGAAAAUAAAGCUAACCUCAUUAAUGGUGAUAUACACUUAUGAGGAGGUAGCUUCUGCAUGUCACCUGUAUCAUAUCUGGCAACAGUGGCCUUCAUCUGUACUAUGAGUAUCAGCAGACAAAUGAUUCUUCUCGUUACCCAUUCUAUUCUGUUUUAAAGGUCAAAACUGGUAGCUUCGUUACUAGAUUCAUUGUUUAAAUAGCAGAGAUGUAUUUACGUUGAUUCUUUUUGUAACUUAUCUACCAUGGGAGCUUCAAUAGAUGAAUAACAAUUUAAUUCAUUCAAUUGUUUCAGUCA